AUGUGCGAGUUCGAGGAGUUCCUCUUCUCCUGCCAUCACUCGGUCGUUAAGAAGAAGAGUUACUGCCACUUUGCCCGCAACGACCCCAACCACCAGUGUUUUAGCGUCAAGGUCCUCAAGAAUACGUGGUUUCAGGGAGUGCCAUGCGACAACUGCAUAACCGCCAUGUUGUUUGCGCAGGGAGGUCGGACGCCCACGGAAAACGAUCCCCAAGGACGCCGGACACCCACGCAAAAUGAUCCCCAAGGCAAUAGGCAAUGA